CUAAAGAAGAAGAAGUGACGUCAUUGUUAUGCGACCAGUGAAGAAAUGGCGAGCAGCAAAAAUAGUGUACUUCUCUCUUCUUUGGCGGAGUAUGGAGACGACUCUGAGCCAGAUUCCAACCCAGAAACCGAAGAAACAGAGAUCCAUGGAGUAGGUCUGGUGUCGGCUGCCUAUGGAGAGGACGACAUUGGUCGGUUUGAGGAUGGCGACGACAAGGCAUCUGGAGACGAGGACAGUGGGGAGAGCUCCCGUAACUCCGUCGGUUCUCUUUCUCUUUCCAACUUAGUCAGUCUUUUUCACACAGCACCCUGCCAGAGGUAUUUCUCAGUGUGUUUUGGGUCACUCAGGGAUGUUAACCCUUUGCAUUCUUGUCUUUGUAGGAAAUGGAGUCUGACGAGGGGGGGAGACACCGAUGAUUAUAAGGAGAUCCCAGAGGCAGAGAGGAGAGACCCCAAUGAGCUGGUCGCUCUGUUCUCAGAGAAAGUGAGGAACAUGUCACCUGACAAGAUCCGGAUCCCCCCUGAACCACCAGGACGCUGUUCCAGUCACCUACAGGUGAAGAUCCAGAAGCUGUAUGAGAAGAAUCUACAUGGAGACUUUGACACAAACAACCACAUUCAGAGGAAAAAAGAGUUCAGGAAUCCCAGUAUCUAUGAGAAACUCAUCCAGUUCUGUGGCAUAGAUGAACUGGGAACCAACUACCCUAAAGACAUGUUUGAUCCUCACGGCUGGUCAGAGGACUCUUACUAUGAGGCACUGGCCAAAGCUCAGAAAGUAGAGAUGGAUAAACUGGAGAAAGCCAAGAAGGACAGGACGAAGGUGAGGACCACAGGCGUUUUAGUUGACUUGAAGAGGCCACCCGAGAUUGAGUUUGUGACGGCCACUAAGAAGGGCAGCAACCCCACCAACGCAGCAGUUCCCACAACCAAUACUGCUGCUAGUACAGUUACAGAAGCUCAGAAGAGGAAAAGUAAGUGGGACUCUGCGGUGCCCGUGACCCUGGCCCAGCCCGCCCUGCUCACUACCACGGCAACCCUGCCAGCGGUUGUCUCCGUGACGACCACCGCCAGCGGAACCAAGACCACCGUAAUCUCUGCCGUAGGCACCAUCCUGAAGAAAGCCAAGUAGUGAACAGGGAGGAAGUGUGUGUUUUGGAUGGAUGAGAGGAUGGAUGAGAACGUGUGUAAGCGAGAGAAGUGUGUUGGUGUGUAUGGUCCUGUAUGACUGUAUUGCUAUGAGAGAGAAUGUCUUCCGACAAUAUGGAAUAUUUCUAUAUUCAUCUAGCCAUACAAGACUUCUGCAUCUCUCCUUCUGUCUCUGGGAUGUUGGAUCUACAGCAUAUGGUGAAAGGACUCCAUCCUGUCUCUGGGAUGUUUGAUCUAUAUCAUAUGGUCAAAGGACUCCAUCCUGUCUCUGGGAUGUUUGAUCUAUAUCAUAUGGUCAAAGGACUCCAUCCUGUCUCUGGGAUGUUUGAUCUAUAUCAUAUGGUGAAAGGACUCCAUCCUGUCUCUGGGAUGUUUGAUCUAUAUCAUAUGGUCAAAGGACUCCAUCCUGUCUCUGGGAUGUUUGAUCUAUAUCAUAUGGUCAAAGGACUCCAUCCUGACUUGAGAUUUAAUAAGACUCUUUGUCUGUACAUUUUUAUUUAUAUCAAUGUGAGAUUCCUCUUUCAUCCAGCUCACCAGUCAGCACCCUGUUGAAGUUAUGCAUUGAUCUGUUUGUGUUUCUGUCAGCUAGAAACUGGGUUUAGAUGUUAGCUAAAGACUGUCCAUUGGGAAAACCAUCCUACCUAGGAAGUAACCUAGUUAUGGCAUAAGUUAGUCUCAUGUCUGAAACUUGAAGUUAGUCUCUCUUCCAUCCUCCAGUAAAGUGGUUUCUUACACUAUCUACCCACCUGUUAUGGUAAAGUAUAUAUUUGUAUUAUUUUUGGCCUCUACAAAAUUUCUGUUCUACCCACAGUGUAUAUAUGGGCUGUGUUUUGACCAUGUACUGGAAUGUGGUCUAGUGAAGAUGAAAGGGGAAUACUCAGACUAUGGAUAUUUGCAUCAACGUUCCUUGCCUCAUUUAAUUUUAUUUUAAAUGGCCUAUUCAAAGAGCUUAGGGGGAAUCAUUUUUACAAAUGUACAUAUAUAUCGCUGAUGAUGAUGGUGGUAUGGUCAAUAAAAUAAACGUCAUACUGCCUUUUCAA